AUGCUGCAGAGGCUCGGGCCAGCUUCGGUGGCAGGGUUGGUACCGCCUGCAGGGGUUGCUGCAGCUGCGACGGCAGCUGCUGAAGCAAUGAGAUUGCUGGGAGGGGAGGAGGACGAGGAGGAGGAGGAGGAAGAGGAGGUUAUGCCCGAGACGGCCAAGGCGAAGCGCGCGAGGCUGCGAGCCGCCAGGCGCAGCGGCAGGCGAGCCGCUAUAGAGCAGAUUAACUCCUUCCUGCGAACGCGGCUGCUGGAAACACCUAUUCCCGCGGAGGUGACGCGGGUGCGGGUGGGAGGGGGCAAGGUGCGCGUGUAUGUGGAGGGCGAGUAUCAGGCGGACAUCACUGCUGGGUAUAUGUCCAACCUGUCUCUUUGGAAGGUGAUUAAAGUGAAGAUUCUUGUACGGGGCGCGGAGAACGCGGCAGAGGGGGAUGGGGAGGAGGAAGAGGAAGAAGAGGAGGAUGAAGAGGAGGAGGAUGAGGGGGAGGGAGAGGGCAGAAAGGAGAGGAAGAAGCGGGGCCAACAGCGAUCGCAGGGGAGGAAAGGCACGGCGUCAAGGCAGCACGGAGGGGCACGCAGGGUGAAGGGCAUCAAGGGCAUCCCCAUGAGCGAGGUGCAGCAGAUGGCUCUAGCAGAUGAGCUGCAGCGACGCAUGGCAGCAGCAGCCGAGGACCCAAUCACAGCCCUCCACGUGGUGCUCCACCAGGUGUGCUGCGGCGUGGUGGCGGACGAGAUUCUCCUUCAGCUGCACGCGCUCUGCGCCGCCCGCUGGCGCCACCACGUCAAGUUCGAGGUCUCUGCCCGGGACGCGGGCGGCACGGGCGGCGGGAGAGGGGGAUCGGUGGGUGUGGGGACGUCUGGGGGACCUAGUGGGAGCAAAGGAUGGGCAGGAGGGGGAGCGGGAGGGGUAGGGGGAACAGGGGGGGUAGCAGGGGCAGGGGGAUUAGGGGGAAAGGGCGGAGUGGGGGGGGCGAGGGUCAGUGGUUCAGGAGCAGCAGCAUCGAGUGGGGGUGGGAGGGAUGGGGAACGAUACGGGGCAGCAGAGGCAGGAGAAGGAGGAGCGGGGGCAGGAGAAGCAGCCGGGGGUGCCGCAGGGUUGCCAGCGGUUCCAGAGGUAUCCCCUGCGGUGCUGCACGUGUGGUACUGGCUGGACCCGGGGAAGGGUGAAAGCACAGGGGGCUCGUCUUCAGCUGUGCUGGUGCGGCUGGGUAUCGUCAGCUUUGAAAGCGCAGAUGAGCCGCCGCCCUGCCUCACUCUCUCCCUCGCCCCACCCCCUACCACCCCUCCUCCUCCUGUCGUCCCUCCUGCCUCUGCUCCAGGCUCAUCUGCAGCAGCUGCUGCUGCGGCGGCGGCGGCGGUUCCUGCUGCUCCUCCCUCCUCCCUCUACUCCCGCCAGCCAUUGCGCAACCAGCUUAUCUGCCAGCAUACGCCGCCCGUGGUGGACCCCGAGACGGGCGGCGAGGUUUGUCUCUAUCUGGACCCGAGCAGGAUCGAUGUGGAGAAGCUGGUGCUGUUUGCCGCCCGGUGCUCGGCGCAUGCCAAGCUGGCGCGGUUAAGGCGAGACCUGCUGGCGGCUCCGCUGCUCUGCUCCGGGUCCCAAGACGUGCUGCUCUCCUUUCCCCCCACCCCCUCUUUCUCCCCCUACCGCUCCUCAUCUCUCUCCACCGCCCACUCUCCCUUCUCCGAGCCCCCUCCUCCUCCAUCUCCUCCUCUGUGUUCGUCUGUAGAUGCUGCAAAGGGUGCAGUGCCGCUGAGCGAAAAGUCGGGAGGAGAGGGGAAGGAAAAAAGGGGAGGGGGGUUGGAUGGCGUUGCCAAGAGGCUGGGGAGUGUGCUGGGGAAGCGGAAACUGCUUAUGGAAUCUCUGUCGCUUGCGAGUGCUGCCAUUCCUGGCAGUGGAGAUGGUGCUGAGGUUGAUGCUGGUGAUCAUGGUGCUGGUGCUGGUGCUGGUGAUGCUGGUGGUGGUGGUGGUGAUGCUGGUGGUGGUGGUGCUUCAACCCAUGAUGAUCUGCCAAGAGCCAAGAAGCAGAGACAGGGAGGUGCUGAGAGAGAGGUGGCAACUGCCGGGGGUGGAGAGCGGUGGAGAGGCAGCAGCAGAGGUGGGGACAGGUGGGGUAGGGAAGCGUCUGGGUCGAGAGGGAGGGAGGUGCUGUGGGUGCGGGCGUGUGGCGACUGGUUUGCGGCGAUCGGCAUGAACACGCGCACCGGGCGGUACGAGGUGUGGGCGGGCGGCAAGGGCUUGUCCUGGGCGGCGGCGAGGGAGGUGGAGGGGGCGCUGAACAGUGGGAGCUCGACAGCUGGUGAUGCGCUGGUGCUGCUGCGGCUGCACUGCCUGCACGCCCAGCUCACCGCAGCGGGCAUGGCCCUGGGCUUGGUGGUGAGUUGGGUUUGCACUGCCUGUGGGCUGUGGGCUGUGGUCUGUGGGGGUGUAAUGGGUUUCAUGGCGACGCGCUGGUGCUGCUGCGGCUGCACUGCCUUCACACCCAGCUCACCGCACGGGCAUGGCUCUGGGUCUCGUGGAAAGGGGAUGGAUUGGGGGGAAAAGGGGAGGGCGGGGGAGGGAGAGGAAGGAGAUCAGGGGAGAAUGAGGAAAGGGGGGAAAAGGGGGGAUGGAGAGAGGAAGGAGAUGGUGGGAGGUUGGGAGGAGCUUUUGGAUAUGGCGGAUGACUGGGAAAGUGAUGGUGAGGAGGAUGUUGAGAGGGAUGAGAGGGAUGAGAGGCUCGGAGGGGUGGGUGAUGAUGGGGAGAUGGGCAGAGUAGUGGGGAUUGGGGUGGGAGAAGGUGCAGAGCAAGCAGCAGCAGCCGUUGAUGGAAAGCAGAGUGCAGAUCGUGCUGCAGCGGUUCAAAGCGGUGGUGAUGAUAAAGACAGUGGUGGUGCUGGUGGUGGUCGUCGUGAUGUUACUGAUGCACCCAAGGCCCAUGAACCAGCAGGCAGAUCUGUCAAGAAGCGCAAACACCAACACACCACUCACCGCCCAUCCCAACCCCUUCACUGCGCUCUGAUUGGCCAGCUGCUGCAGGAGCUGGUACAGCUGGCAGGGCGGGGCAAGGUCCCUGUGUCCCUCAUCUUCCCCCUCGUGCUGUCCCGCGCCCAGCACCUCGCUGCUGCUGCCGUCAAGCACUCCCUCCUCUCCUCCCUCCUCUCUUCUGCUGGUGUUUCCACCGUUCCCUUCCUCUCAGCUGCCUCCUCCUCCCCCUCCUCCUCCUCCUCCUCCUACUCCUCACUCUCCGCCUCCUCCCCCUCCUCUCACUUCCCCUGUCUGCCGCCCCUCAUUUCCUCUUCCCUCUCCUCCUCUGCUGCUGCUUCACGUUCGGAUUCCUCUUAUCCACCAUCCACCGUCCGCCCGUCAUCGCUCGUCUCCCCCCAAACCCUGCUGCGGAUUCCGGGCUUUCCCCCUCCUGCAGCAGCAGCUGCACUGCCCCCAGAUACCGCCUCCCCCUGGCAGUCCCUGCUGCUGAAAUCCGAUUCGCCGUCCACUGCCAGCUGGUCCGUGCUGGUGCCAGCUCAGCAUUUUGUCAGCUUGUGGCAGCUUCAGGAGUUUUGUCAGCUGCGGCAGCAUCAGCAACAUGGGCAGGAGACGGACAUUGGACAAGGGGGAAGUUUUUUUGGACUGGCUGCCGAACCUCUGCAUCCAUCCGUACUGGCGGGUGAUGCUGCCGAACCUGAUGCUACCAAGGCUAGUUCGACGAGGCUUGGAAAAAAGAGAGCAAGCAGGGGAGGAGAGGGUGAGCAUCGCAUGAAACGCCUCCUUCGCACAUGUGUGUGGGCACGGGAAGGAGUUGCUUACAGCGAUGAGAGCACAGCCGGUCCGCCGUCGCCAGCAUGGCACGUGACCUGGCGUGCGCGUGGCAGGCGUUUCUCUUCUCCUGCUGCCUCUGCCGCUGCGUCCAAUGCUGGUGUUGAGGGGACGGGGGCAAUGAAACGGGAGCAUAAUCUGGAUGCGGGUGGCAGUGGCGCUGGUGCUGCUGCUGCUGCUGCUGCUGGCGGUGCUGGUGGUGGCGCUGAUGAUGGUGGUGGUGGUGGUGACGAUUGGGGAGAUGUGUCAUUGGCCGUGGAUUGCAGGGUCAUGGUUUCACCUGAUGACUUGUGGCCGCACACACAGUAUCUAGAGGAGUGUGUGCGCAUGGACGAUGCAGGGCUGUUGCUGGACGCCAUACGCCUCACAGCAGCGCCGCUGCACGCCCUGCACUCCGCCAUCCGCCCCCUCCGCUCCCUCUCCGUCCCUCCCACCUCGCUGCCGCCGCACCUACACCAUCAUGCACAGCAGCAGCCAAACGGGCAGCCAUCGCAGAAUAAUGUUCCUGCACAUGCUGCAUCAGCUGCUGCAGGUGCCACUGCGUCUGCUCCUCCUGCUCCUACAGCAUCACCUCCGGAAGCUUCUGCUUCCGCUGCAGCCUCAGCCGCUGCCACUGCAGCAGCCCCAGCCGCUGCCACUGCAGCAGCCACUGCAGCCCCAGCAGCAGCAGCAGCAGCAGCAGCAGCAGCGGCGGCAGCAGCAGCAGCAGCAGCAGCAGCAGCAGCAGCAGGGGCGUCGCGAGGGCUGAUGCUGGGAGCAACGCUAUGCUCUCUCCUCCCAGGAGACAUCACAAUCAUCCCACGUGGCCCCUUCUCCUUCCGCAUCGUCUACCGCCACGACUUUGCCAUCCACAUGCGCUGCUUCGCCCCCGACUUCGUCUGGCUGCAGCCCGCCCCGCCGCCCAAAUCCUACGACCUGCCGCCCGGGCUCGUCACGAUGUUCCCUGAAGGCUCCGCUGCCGUUUUGGCUGCAGCGGAAACUCCCAGCGGUGCUGCUGGGAGCGGGAACAGGGGUGGUGGGAACAGGAGGGGUGGGGCAUCAGGAGGACUUACUCCAGGCAUUGGCUAUCCGAGUGGGUCACCCAGUGGUGGUUCUGCUGCUGCUGCUGCAGCAGCGAGCGGGGUGAUUCGAGGGGAUCUGUCUCUGGGAGGAUCUUUGCCCUGCCCACAGUUCCGCCCGUUCAUUCUGGAGCAGGUCUCUCUGCUGCUCUCACAGCUCUCACAUGCGCCUGACCUGCCUCCCGCUGCUGCUGCUGCUCUUCCUCCUGCUUCCACCGCUCCUGCUGCUGCUGGUCCGGGUGCUGGCAGGCUUGGGAGGACAGGGUCGGGGAUGGAGAGCCUGGGAGCAGGAGGGCAGCAUUCGGCCGGUCCCAGCAGCUCACACCAGCACCAGCACCAGCACCAGCACCAGCAGCAGCAGCAGCAGCAGCAGCAGCAGCAGCAGCAGCAGCAGCAGCAGCAGCAGCAGCAGAGGGCAGAGAUGCAGCGGUGGCAGCACAUGGCAGCAUCCCUCGCCUCCUCAGUGCGAGCAGAGUCCCACACGGCAAUGGUGGGGCUGUCAGACGACGGCGGGUACGGCGGGGCGUGGGUGCCCGUGGUGCUGCUCAAGCGAGUGCUGCGCAGCAUGCUGCGGUACCUCGGGACCAUUGCUCUAUUUGCUCGGUUUCCGUCCGUGCUCGCGGCUGUGCUGGGUCCUGCCAUGGGGACCAGAGAGGCUGGGCUGCUGUCUCAGGAUCCGGAACAGCCCGCACUGCGGUUCUUCAUCGGCAACUAUGUGUACAUGGUGAAUCUGCACCGCCAUCGCCGCCCUACUGCUGGAGACCAGCUGCAACUCAUGCUACAGGUUGUAAACGCCCGUAUGGCUCCACAGCGCCGCCCGCCCGCAAUGACACCCGAUGCUGACGUGGACAUGAGCCCUGCUGAGCUGGCAGAGAUUAGUGACCUCUUCACGCGCAAGGUGGCAGUGGAGCCCUUCGACGUGUCCCGCCUGUCGUCAUUUGUGACACUUGUCAUGCUCCCAUUGGCCGUGAUCCGCGAAUUCAUGGGCUUGCUGGCCUUGAGACGGGAACAGCAGCGAUUGCUGGCUGCUGCUGCUGCAGCUGCUUCUGCCGGAACAGGCGGGGCAGCAGCAGGAGAGGCAAUAUCGGGGGGAGGUACAUCUGCUACAGGUGGGGCUGGGGCAGGUAACAUCCCUGCCAUCCCGCCAGCCGCCCGGAUCGCAGUCGAUCUGUGCUUUGAGAAUCGCAUCGGGCUAGGCUGGGAUCUCCCAGAUUCGUUUGGGAGACACAGUGGAGGUUCAUCUGGGGGAGGUGUAUCUGCAGGCCAGGUUCACCCAGGCUCUGCUACAGCCGGGAAUGCAGCUGGCAGCGGUAGAACAGCCGACCGCAGCGAUAUCAGCUACAGCCGGGCAGAAAGUCGCGUGGAUUUCUCUCUUGUCCUACUCAUGGACCAUGCCGCCCUCUCCGCCGCCCACCUGCCGGUCCAAAUCGCGGGCGGCGCAGGCUGGCUGGCGCACUGCAUCUCGGUCCGCCUCCGGCUGCACUUCUCCGCCGCCCCUGCCAAUCCGGCUGCUGCUGGUGCAUGCGCUGCCUCUGUUGCUCCCGGUAUCAAGUGGCAGGUUCAGCCUAAGGUAGCAGGUGAGAUUCUCCUCAGGUAUUUACAGCCCCAGGUCACUUGGCAGCAUGGGGAUGCUGGCAGGGGAGCAGAGACUGCCACACUCCCUCCACCUGCCUCGGUCUCUGCACCAACCCUCUCUGCACCAACCCUUUCCAAAGCUAAGUGCUUUACCCUCAAGGUCACUGAACUUGGCAGCAUGGGGAUGCGGGCGGGGGAGCUGCGAGUGUCGCCCUCUCUGUACCAAUCCUCUCUGCACCAACUCCUUCCAAAGCUAAGUGUUCUACCCUCAAGGUUCUCACCAGCCCACUUCUUGGUCACUGAACUUGGCAGCAUGGGGAUGCGGGCGGGGGAGCUGCGAGUGUCGCCCUCUCUGUACCAAUCCUCUCUGCACCAACUCCUUCCAAAUUUAAGUGUUCUACCCUCAAGGUUCUCACCAGCCCACUUCUUGGUCACUGAACUUGGCAGCAUGGGGAUGCGGGCGGGGGAGCUGCGAGUGUCGCCCUCUCUGUACCAAUCCUCUCUACACCAACUCCUUCCAAAUUUAAGUGUUCUACCCUCCAGGUUCUCACCAGCCCACUUCUUGCAUGGGGAUGCGGGCGGGGGAGCUGCGAGUGUCGCCCUCUCUGUACCAAUCCUCUCUGCACCAACUCCUUCCAAAGCUAAGUGUUCUACCCUCAAGCAUGGGGAUGCGGGCGGGGGAGCUGCGAGUGUCGCCCUCUCUGUACCAAUCCUCUCUGCACCAACUCCUUCCAAAGCUAAGUGUUCUACCCUCAAGGUCACUGAACUUGGCAGCAUGGGGAUGCGGGCGGGGGAUCUGCGAGUGUCGCCCUCUCUGUACCAAUCCUCUCUGCACCAACUCCUUCCAAAGCUAAGUGUUCUACCCUCAAGGUUCUCACCAGCCCACUUCUUGCAUGGGGAUGCGGGCGGGGGAGCAGCGAGUGUCGCCCUCUCUGCACCAAUCCUCUCUGCACCUACUGCUUCCAAAGCUAAGUGCUCUACCCUCAAGGUCACUGAACUUGGCAGCAUGGGGAUGCAGGCGGGGGAGAAGCGAGUGUCGCCCUCUCUGCACCAAUCCUCUCUGCACCAACUCGUCACUGAACUUGGCGGCAUGGGGAUGCGGGUGGGGGAGCAGCGAGUGUCGCCCUCUCUGCACCAACUCGUUUUAAAGCUAAGUGCUCUACCCUUAAGCAUGGGGAUGCGGGCGGGGGAGCAGCGAGUGUCGCCCUCUCUGUACCAAUCCUCUCUGCACCUACUGCUUCCAAAGCUAAGUGCUCUACCCUCAAGCAAGUGCUUUCACCUUCAUCCCUCCUCCUCAUGUUCUGCUGGCCUCUCUUUUGCAUCUCUCUUCCUUGUACCUUGCUUCUCUGCACUCACUUCUUCCGUACCUGCCUCCCCCUCCCUCCCUCCCUCCAAGGUCAGUGAACUUGGCAGCAUGGGGAUGCGGGCGGGGGAGCAGCGAGUGUCGCCCUCUCUGUACCAAUCCUCUCUGCACCAACUCCUUUGCUAA